AUGGUGCAGCGGCUCAUCGACAUGUUCGAACAGCUGGACGUGAAGGUCUCCAAGGGCGUGGAGGGCAAGACGGUCACCAUGGCCUCGACCACCGCGCUGCAGGACGGCCUCGCCAAGCGGGUGCGGCCACUAGGCGUCAGGAUGGUGCGUCACGCGGACCACCUCGGCGUCACCACCGCAGCGGGCAGGAGACGACGAGGCAGCGCCUUCAGCAAGAGGGCCAGCAAGUAUGCAGCGCGGCGAGACCGCAUCGCGCGCAUACGCCGUACAGGAGGCCGUGCCCAGACGAUCAUCAGGCAGGGCAAGGUGCCGUCGGCGAUGUACGGGGUGCCGGUCAUGGGCAUGGCCAGCUCCACGCUGGCGCACCUGCGGCAGAGCGUGGCGACCUCCUUCAGGGGCAACACCAUGGGCAGAUCCACGCCGCUGGUGCUCCUCGCCGAGGACGCCGACCCAAGCAUCCGCGCCAACACGGAGCCUCUGGUCGACUGGGCCCUGGCGUGGCAGGAGGUCGCCGACCAGCCAGACCUGCGGCACCAGCUCCAAGGAGAAUGGGAGAGAUGGGUAUAUCGGGUGGGUCGUGUCAAGACCCCGUGGCUACAGGUGCGAGGGCCAGCAGGAGCCUUCGCAGCGACGAUCAAGAGAUUGGGCUGGAUCACGCAAGCAGCCCACAGCAUCACCAUCGGCGAGGAGGUCUUGGACCUGAGGACACUGCCGAUCAAGGAGCUGAAGCAGCGUAUCCGCAGGGCCACAGAGGACAGCCUCAAGCAGGAGUGGCUCAACAAGCACGGGGAGAAGCACGACCUCGACUGCCUCUUCGUCGAACCCGUGCAGGCGCUGCUCAAGAGGGCGCAGCUGGCGGCGUCCGAGGCGCUCUGGGGGCGGGGCCUGACUCCAGACCCCGCGAAGGAGUUCAACCUGUGGGACCUGCCCACCAUGGACACCAGCGCCGUGGAGGGCGAAUCCAUCGGCUUCGUGCAAGGGGACGUCUACACCGACGGCAGCUUGCUGUACGGGGAGUGCCUAGUACUUCGGCGAGGAGGCUGGGUUUUCGUGCAGCUGGACGCUGAGCACGAGCUGCGGUACGCCAUGUUCGGCCCGCUCGAGGGGCCACAGAGCGUCCAAUCGAUCUACAAGAGCGAGCUGGUCGCGAUCGCCAAGGUCCUCGAGCGGGCCUGCCCGCCUGUCAGGAUCUUCUCGGACUGCAAGGCCGUGAUCGACGGGUUUGAGAGAGGGCCCGCCUGG